AUGAUGCCCCACGCAGAAAGUGGUCUCGAACGCGUCAAGUGGAUUCUCGUCGGAGGAACUAGCCUGGCCCUUUUCAGAGCAGUAUGUUCCUUUUAUCAUCCGCAGUCAGUCGGAUUCACUGUCACAGAAUGGAACCGAACUCUGAGGAGGGUUCUCAAACCCGCCCUCACUGCUGCCAACCUCUUCCCGGUACGCUGACAAUUUUCUAAUUGUUUUUAAUGUCCAUAGUAAAAUUCUCAAUUUAAAUUUUCAGAAUCGUCUUGUCUCGAUUGCUAGCAGACUGAUGCACUGGACUUGCGAAGCCUUGAACAACCUCUCAACGAGUCUGGAAUACUUCAUCAGCACAGAAAACGGCGGGAUCCACGUGGAAUGUCAUAACUGGAAUGGUACUCCCGUCAAGGUUUACAUGCCAACCAACAGCGAGACAUUCACGGACGGAGCCGUCAUUUUCAUCCACGGAGGAGGAUUUGCACAUGGAAAUGUCGACAUGGACGAUUCACUGAUAAAGAGGAUGGCCUACGAGAUGAGGACACUCUUCAUUUCAAUCGAUUACACUCUCCGGAAACUAUCUUUCCUCAUGGUAUCCUGGAGUGCGAGGCCGUCAUCAAUCACUUCUUGCAGCACGGAAAUGAUCAGUAUGGAAUUGAGCCGUCAAAAGUUGUGGUGA